AUGUUGUUGAAGUCGGUUGUUACCUCUGCUCUCCUGGCCAUCUUCGUGGGCUCGGAGACCGUUACGGCAUCCAAACAUGGUCGCUUUGCAGAGCGCGCCCGUGCUCCCUUGGAGAACGCCAAACGAACGGUAGAGGCUGCUCAUGCGAAACAUGUACGGACCGAAAAGGAUUUUCGGUUCGAAAGCAAGAAGACAGAGAAGUACUUGGUCAAUCACUUGCCCGAUGUGCCCUUCGACAUUGGUGAGAUGUACUCCGGUCUGAUGCCGAUCGACAUGAACAAUGCUUCCCGGGCGCUGUUUUUCAUCUUCCAACCAACAAUUGGAGAACCGGUGGAUGAAGUUACAAUAUGGCUGAAUGGCGGCCCUGGCUGCAGUUCCAUGGAGAGUUUCCUUCAGGAAACCGGCCGUUUCUUGUGGCAGCCUGGUACCUUUGCACCAGUGGAAAACCCCUAUUCCUGGGUGAACCUGACCAAUGUGCUAUGGGUCGAUCAGCCAGUGGGAACUGGCUAUUCAAUUGGUACACCCACUGCCACAAGCCAAGAGGAAACGGCACAGGAUUUUGUCAAGUUCUUCAGGAACUUCCAAAAGACAUUCGGAAUCAAGAACUUCAAGAUCUAUGUCACCGGCGAAAGUUACGCUGGUCGUUAUGUCCCUUAUAUCUCUGCCGCCAUGCUGGAUAAGAAUGACAAGGAGUAUUUUGAUCUGCACGGUGCCUUGGCCUAUGACCCCUGCAUUGGCCAGUUCGACUACGUCCAGGAGCAAGUACCCGUCGUGCCGCUCGUUCAGAACAACGCGAAUCUUUUCAACUUCAAUGAGUCCUUCAUGGACGAGCUUGAACACCUCCACAAAACCUGCGGAUACAGCGACUUCAUCGACAAAUACCUGACCUUCCCUCCACCCGAGGAGCAGCCCCCCAAGAUGUUCAACUACACCACUGACGGCAAGUGCGAUGUCUUUCACAUGGUGUACAACGAGAUCUUCAAACUCAAUCCCUGCUUCGACCUGUACGAAAUCAACCUGAUGUGUCCCUUGCUAUGGGAUGUACUGGCCUUUCCCACUUCGCUCGAUUACCAGGCUCCAGGCUCGACCGUCUACUUCGAUCGAAAGGACGUCAAGCGUGCCUUGCAUGCGCCUAACGUGACCUGGGCCGAGUGCUCAGCUGAGCCUGUGUUCGUGGGUGGCAGUUCCGGCCCUGAGCAAGAAGGUGAUACUUCUGCGAACCCCAUCGAAAAGGUCCUGCCCCAGGUCAUCGAGGCCACGAACCGUGUUCUCAUUAGCAAUGGCGACUAUGACAUGGUCAUCAUCACCAACGGCACACUGCUAGCUAUCCAGAACAUGACCUGGAAUGGUCACCUCGGCUUCCAGGAGGAGCCAGGAACUCCCAUCAACAUUGAAAUUCCCGACUUGAUGUAUAAGAGUGUCUUUGAGGAGAACGGCGCCCAGGGCCUGGACGGUCCCCAGGGUGUGAUGGGUAUUCAGCACUUCGAGCGUGGACUUAUGUGGGCCGAGACAUACAUGUCUGGUCACAUGCAGCCGCAGUAUCAGCCGCGUGUUUCUUACCGCCAUUUGGAGUGGCUGCUCAAUCGCACCGACUCGAUCUGA